ACGCGUAUUUAUUUUUAAUGGCUUCUGCAGUAACUUGUAGGUUAUUUUCAAUCAUACCCUCGCAAAAUCCAGUUCUGUCCUUCUUCCCCCUCGCUGCAAUCCGCUCUCGGAUCUGCCGGAAAAGGCAGAUUGCCUCUAGGGCCCGCAAAACCAGCCGCCGGAAAACACCUCUCUUGCAGCCGGCAACGGACAUGUCCGUCAGCCUUCAGAUGCCUGCAACGUCCCACCGUCGGGACAGAGACGAGUUCGAUCCAUUUCUGGAUUCUAGAAACCGAGAGGGGGAUUUGCUAACAACUGAUAAGGAAGAAGAGAUGUUCACUUCUAGUAGGACUGUUCCACGCAAGAAUAAAUCCCUUAUGGGACCUAUAACAUUUUUUGGUGUGGAGCUUACUCCAGAUAACAUUGCAGUGGCUAUGGUAUACUUUGUGCAAGGUGUCUUGGGCCUUUCCAGGCUUGCUGUUAGUUUUUACUUGAAAGAUGAUCUACAUUUAGAUCCUGCAGAGACAGCUGUGAUAUCCGGCUUCUCAGCAUUACCUUGGCUUAUCAAGCCUCUCUAUGGAUUUAUUAGUGAUUCUUUCCCACUUUUUGGGUACCGAAGAAGAUCAUACUUGGUUCUAUCAGGACUGCUUGGAGCAUUCUCAUGGUGUUUGAUGGCUACCUUUGUUGACAGCAAGUACGAUGCCACUUUCUGCAUACUUCUUGGAUCCCUUUCUGUUGCCUUCUCUGAUGUUGUUGUAGACUCGAUGGUUGUAGAGAGGGCUCGUGGUGAGUCACAAAGCAUGUCAGGAUCUCUUCAAUCGUUAUGCUGGGGUUCCUCAGCUUUUGGAGGAAUUGUGAGUGCCUACUUUAGUGGCUCCCUGGUGGAUGCUUAUGGUGUAAGGUUCGUUUUUGGUGUUACAGCAUUGCUUCCACUAAUAACAUCUGCAGUUGCAGCACUUGUGAAGGAGCAGCCGGUGCUUGGCCUUGCAAAGGGACAGAGCCUUUCUUUUGCCAGGCCUGGCUUUUUUGAAAGCUCAAAAGACAAUAUUAUUCAGUUAUGGUAUGCUGUCAGGCAGCCAAAUGUGUUUCUUCCCACUUUAUUUAUUUUCCUGUGGCAGGCAACACCACAAUCCGAUUCUGCCAUGUUUUUCUUCACUACCAACAAACUUGGUUUUACCCCAGAAUUUCUUGGUCGUGUUAAGCUGGUGACAUCAGUUGCAUCACUAAUUGGAGUCGGAAUAUAUAAUGGUUUUUUGAAAAAUGUUCCGCUGCAGAAAACUUUUCUUGCUACAACCAUAUUGGGUGCAGGUCUUGGGAUGACUCAGGUGUUCCUUGUUACUGGACUAAAUAGGCAGUUUGGUAUUAGUGACGAGUGGUUUGCUGUCGGGGAUUCUUUAAUUUUAACAGUUCUUGGUCAGGCAUCUUUCAUGCCGGUUCUGGUUUUAGCAGCGAGGUUAUGUCCUCAGGGAAUGGAAGCAACCCUUUUUGCAACCCUAAUGUCUAUAUCAAACGGAGGAAGUGUCCUUGGGGGGCUGCUCGGCGCCGGGCUUACUCAGCUCUUUGGCGUCACCAAGGACAGCUUCAACAACUUGGCCGUUCUGAUAAUUCUCUGCAAUCUCAGCUCUUUGUUGCCCUUGCCACUGCUUGGCCUGCUUCCUCGAGAUGAUCCUGAUGCCAAUUCCACGGGAAAUGGAGGAGAUAUUGAGAUGAAGUCUAAUUGAGGUUCGCUUCCAUAUUGCCUUCUGAUUACAUUUUGAAGUCCUUUUGGUACUUGGGAAUACAACUUCACGUUACAACACAAGCUAAAAAAUAACACGAAAAAAAGAGAGGGAGGGGGGAGAGAGGCCUUUGAGUUUUAGGUGGCAUUGUAAAUAUCAAAAUGUUGGUCAGCCCCAAUCUGUGCCCAGUUUGAUUCAUUGUAACAUGUGGCAAUAUGCAACUGAGACGCCCAUGUGAAUCACCAUCCUAUGGCCAAGGAUGUAAAUCUGUUACGCUAAUGCUUAAUCUGGUAGAUUUUUUUCUUUCUUUUUUUAAACCAA